AUGGGUGCAUCAGGCUUAGGUUCUGCUUUAGAAAAAUGCAUUAAUCUCUCAAAUUUGACACUUAAUCUUAGUUAAAAUUAAAUUGGUGAAAUAGGUGCAUCACGAUUAGGUUCUGCUUUAGCAAAUUGCAUUAAUUCCUCAAAUUUGACACUUAAUCUUAGUGACAAUUAAAUUGAUGCAAUAGGUGCAUCAAAAUUAGGUUAUGGUUUAGCAAAUUGCAUUAAUCUCUCAAAUUUGACACUUGAAAUUUUUAGGAAUAAAAUUGGUGAUGAAGGUGCAUCUGGCUUAGGUUCUGCUUUAGCAAAGUGCAUUAAUCUCACAAAUUUGGCACUUUACCUUGGUGACAAUUAAAUUGGUGCAAUAGGUGCAUCACAAUUAGGUUCUGGUUUAGGAAAUUGCAUUAAUCUUUCAAAUUUGACACUUUACUUAUUUAUGAAUAAAAUUGGUGAUGAAGGUGCAUCUGGCUUAGGUUCUGGUUUAGCAAAUUGCAUUAAUCUCUCAAAUUUGGUACUUUACUUUGGUGACAAUUAAAUUGGUGCAAUAGGUGCAUCAGGCUUAGGUUCUGGUUUUCAAAAUUGCAUUAAUCUCUCAAAUUUGACACUUCAACUUGGUAACAAUUAAAUUGGUACAAUUGGUGUAUAAGGUUUGGUUACUGCUUUAGCAAAUUGCACUAACAUCACAAAAUUGACACUUAAUUUUGUGUAAAUUCAGUUUAUUUGA